ACCAAAGCCAAGCCUCAUAACCCCCCAACUACUAAACCAAGAGCCUGCCCCCACCGCACUCCUGUCACUCUCUCUCUCUCCCCCCAUGGACUUCCAUCUGAAGCAAUGGAAAAACCAGCACGAGCCUGAAUCGGAAGAACGCCAUUGUACAAAGAUGCCGAGACUCAUGCUCGAAUCCCAUCUACACCCACCAUCCCCCUCUCCCCCUGCUCUUCCUCUCUUCGUACCCGAACUCCACACCAAAGUCGGCUCCCUCUCCGCAUUUUCUGAUUCCUCAUUAUCCUCGGCCAGAUUUCCGAGGAUGGGAAGUUAUUUCAGUGUGGCUCAGUGGCAGGAGCUGGAGUUGCAGGCGCUGAUAUUCAGGUACAUGUUGGCGGGUGCUGCUGUUCCCCCUGAGCUUCUCUUGCCAAUUAAGAAGAGCCUUCUUCGUUCCGCUCCUUACUUCCUCCAGUAUCAGCCUUCUCUGUUGCAAUCGGGAUACUGGGGAGGAGCUACCAUGGAUCCAGAGCCUGGCCGCUGUCGAAGGACUGACGGCAAGAAAUGGCGGUGCUCGAGAGAUGUGGUGGCGGGCCAGAAGUACUGUGAGCGCCACAUGCAUCGCGGUCGAAACCGUUCAAGAAAGCCUGUGGAAGUACCCACACCAGCCACUGCGGGAGGUGUUGGUUCUGCCACUGCCGGUGGCGGCGUUGGUUGUCCCCCUGCUACAACAGCCUCUGUAUCUGCCCCGCACGUGACAACGUCAUCAUUGAGAUCCCCUUUCGACCUCCUUCAGCUGAAACGAUGUUCAUCUGGGACCAUCAAGAAUGAAAAGGAGGGCAUGUUUGAAAACCAGAGCCGAGAUGACGUGGAUUGUGAAGGUAGAUCAGAUGGGCAUAUUCUGCGACAUUUUUUUGAUGAUUGGCCACGAUCACUUCAGGAACGUGACAACGCCGAAAGCAACGCUAGCACCAUCAACUCGGCCACAUGCCUCUCUAUUUCAAUGCCCGGAAAUGCUUCGUCGGACGUGUCACUGAAAUUGUCUACAGGCGAUGAUACAGAGGAUCCGUGUUCCAGAAGUGGAAAUGUGGGCCCACAACAUUUGCAAUUAAACUGGGCAGGAGGAUGGACUUCUUCGGCUAAUCAUGUGGCUCCAAUGGGAGGACCACUCGCUGAGGUUCUCAGAUCAUCUACCACAACGUCUUCACCUACAAGCGUCCUGCACCAGUUGCCUCGUGGUUCUGCUUCUGAAACCAGUUUCAUUAGCACCUAGGCUAAACGGGGUUGUCCUCUGGUUGAUAUUUCUUUGGCAUAGUUGCAUCUUGUUUUGUAUGAUAAUCUCAGGUUUCAUCUCCGUCAAGUCAACUUAUGGAUUUUAGCUAACUUUUAGUUAAAAUAUUAUGUUGCAAGUUUUUUA